AUGUGCGAGUACACAGGGGACUUGAAAGAUCCUCAACGGCAUAUUGACAUUCAGCUAACUGAAGCUGAAAUUACUGAAGCUGCCAAGAAGAUACUGGAUGAACCAGCGGCUGGUGAUGAUCCGUUCUGGAAAAAGAAGCUGCAGGAUAAACCGGCGAAAACCCCUCGUGUCAAGACUAAGGUCACCAAGAAGCCUGCCAAAAAGAAAACCGCCGACUCCACCGAUUUAAACUUUGAUGAUGACGAUGAAAAUCACGAGUCAGAGGUAGGACUUGAUUCACUUGGUUCCUUCUUUAUACAUCUUAUUGAUAAUGAUUAUUAUCAGGAGGACGCAGAGGCUAGUCAAGCUGGUGACGUAGAGGGAACUUCCCAUUCCUCUUCUGGCGAAUCAACAAAGACACAACUUCCAACCCUCAAAACGGUUCCUGGUGCCAAGCCCAGACCCAGCAAAAAGGCCAAGUUGAAUAAAUCGGCUUAUGAUAACCCGGCCAGUGAACCGGAGAAGACCCCAGAACAGUUUGAGCCAAAUGCUGAUGCUAUUCUUGAUGAUCCGCCACCGCAAGAUCAUGAAACCUUUGUUGAACAGAUGGAAAAUGAUCCCACGGGCCAUGCUGUUGAUCCACCAACCCCAGCUAAAGCUGCUGAGCUGAGAAAAAAAUCCCAAUCCACCGAUCUUCAAGAAAAUAUCAAGUCCCAACAAGCAGAAACCUCCAAGGCCAAAGAGGAGCUAACCAGUGCCUUAGCAGCCAUGGAAAAACUGAAGGAGAGCUUUAAAAGAGAGCGGGCUAUCUGGGAUACAGAGAAAGCAACUUUGCUGAAGAGGGCUGAGGACGCUGAAGCAGCUCUUAAUCCGAAUCUGUCCCUGCACAUAACAGAUAAAGAAUGUCCUAGCAGUUUACCGCCGGACGGGUCAUAA